UUCCUUUUCCGGUUCUGCAUCAAAGCUGUAACCAUGCCGCUCGCAAUUGAUUUACUUCAUCCUUCUCCCGCGUCGGAGAAGAGGAAACAUAAACUGAAAAGGCUGGUGCCGCAUCCUAAUUCAUAUUUUAUGGAUGUCAAAUGCCCCGGCUGCUACAAAAUCACAACGGUAUUCAGUCAUGCACAGAGGGUAGUCGUAUGCGCAGGAUGCUCUACAAUUCUCUGCCAGCCUACUGGAGGUCGUGCUAGAUUAACUGAAGGAUGUUCAUUUAGGAGAAAACAACAUUAAUUUCCUGGAGAGAGAGCCCUAUCUAUAAUUUAAGAUUUGCAUUUUGUUUCCGAGAGAAUGAGGGGAGUGAUAUUUUAUAAAUACAUUACCUAAUGGAUCUAUUGAAGCAUUAUUAAUAAAGGCUUUUUCAAAGGG